AUCAUAUUUGGUAUUUCUUAACAGACACAGAAGCUAAAACCCUAAAUCAUCGGAUGACAAACAAAUUACAAAACCCUUUAAAACCCAACUCAUAUUUUUGAUAAAAAAAAAAAAAUGAUAAGGAGAAGAUUACUCUCUUCAUUGCUCUCAUCAACCCCACUCUUAACUCCCAAAACCACCUCAAUUUCCACUUUCACUGCAAUUCAAACUCUCAAAGACUCAAACUUUGCAAAUGGGGCAUCUGGAUUUAUGGGUUUUAGGGCUUAUAGUUUGUUAAGUUUGAAUGAUUUGAGGGACAAUGUGCCAAGGAAGCAGAAGACAAGAAAGGGUCGUGGUAUUGGGUCUGGUAAAGGAAAGACGGCAGGGAGAGGUCAUAAAGGACAGAAAGCUAGAGGGACUAUGAAGUUUGGUUUUGAAGGUGGACAGACUCCAAUGCGAAGGCGUUUGCCCAAAAGGGGGUUUAAGAACCCCUUUAGUCUCACUUUUCAGCCAGUAGGUUUGGGAAAGAUUGCAAAACUUAUCAAUGCAGGGAAGAUAGAUUCCCAUGAAUUAAUCACAAUGAAAAUCCUCAAGGAUACUGCGGCCAUUGGGAAGCAGAUAAAAGAUGGAGUAAGACUGAUGGGACGUGGCGCGGAGAAGAUCCAAUGGCCUAUUCAUCUAGAGGUGUCAAGAGUUACUGUCAGGGCAAAGGAAGCAGUUGAAGCUGCUGGUGGAUCCGUCAGACGAGUGCAUUACAAUAAGCUGGGUUUCCGGGCAUUGCUUAAGCCUGAGUGGUUUGAAAAGAAGGGCAGGUUGUUGCCAAAGGCUGCCAGGCCUCCACCAAAGCUGAAAGAUAAAGUUGAUAGCAUAGGCCGCUUGCCUGCCCCGACUAAACCUAUUCCCUUUUACACUGAAGAAAAGGAGGCAGCCUCUGCUCCUACCUAGUUGAUCAAACAAUCAUUUUGGGGUCACUUAAGAGUGUAUUUUGAUGAAGAAGUACUUCACAAGCAUAUUCUCUCCCCCACAAGGUCUUCAAUAGCAUUCUAUUUUCACAUGCUUUCCAUGAAUCAUGCAGAGUGUUUAACAAGUGAAUCCGUGGAAACUCCAUUUUGAUGAGCUCUUAAAGAAAUAAGGGAGACUUUUUGCGAUGUAAUUCUAGUUUUGCAAUCUUCUGGAACACAGAUUUUUCAUCCAAACAAGAGCAACUUGUGAAUGGGUUGAAGUAGUCCAUUGGUUCUUAAGUUAUCAUUUUGUGACAAUUUUGACUGGUUUGUUUCAAAACCAAAGGGUCCAUUGGCCUCUUGUUUUGCAA